GACGGUUAUGGUGGAGAGGUGUUGGCGCGCAUGGGCGUGCGCACUAGUCCUGGUGGGCGUGGCGGAGGGCGUGGCUUCGCAGCGUGACCUCACCUUGCCACUCCUCCAGGAAGAAGCGGCGAGGUUCCCCGUCUUCUUCAGCAUUCCCGAGCCAAGAGCCGAGCCGAGCAAGCGGCAGUCGUUCAGCGCGUGGGGGGGGAAGCGGGCCAGCUGGCACCCGGCCCUGCGCUCCGGCUCGGGCCUCCCGCUCAGCCUGAGGGACAUUUACCUUCACCUGUUCAAGCAAGCAAGGUACAGCAAUGACGGAUAUCUGCCCUCCUCCGACGGGGAGCUGAAACGAGCCUCCUUCAGCCCCUGGGGCGGAAAACGCGCCAGCUCCCAUUACUUCACCCUAACACGCUCCCCAUUCGAGACACCCCGAGGGACCCCGAAAGGCCUGCCUUUAGCCCAUGGGGAGGGAAGCGGUCCGCUCCUGCAGGACUCGCACUCAAUGACUUCGACAUGGGCUCUUCGGCGCAGCCGGAGGAGUCCCUGGGGGCGACGGGGAAACGCGUGGCCUUCUCGCCGUGGGGAGGGAAGCGUUCUGUUCGAGCCGCUUUGGGCGGACAGGGAGAUGCUCUGGCUCUGGACGCUCCGGAGAUGCUCCUAGACGGUGACGAAGACACUGAGGGCGACAUUUUCCCCUCUUCAGCCACUGUGUACGACGCCCCCGGACGGUUCAAGAGAAUGGCCGAGGACGACGGCGGAGCCACUCCUGCCGAAGCCAUGGGUGAGGCGAUCCACGACAAGAAUGCCACCAGGAACGCCAGAGACACGCAAUCUCUCAAUAACGCAGCCACCAAAUGGAACGCCCCAACGCCCGCGCUGCUGGAGAGAAGGGCGUUCAGCGCAUGGGCGGGGAAGAGAGCGGACGGGGAGGACGUUAAACGACAAGCCUUCAGCCCUUGGGCAGGAAAACGGAGUUCUGACGACGAAAAGAGACAAGCCUUCAGCGCCUGGGCAGGCAAGAGAUCCUCCGACGAUGAAAAGAGGCAAGCCUUCAGUCCCUGGGCCGGAAAGAGAGCCUUUGAAGACGAAAAAAGACAAGCUUUUAGUGCCUGGGCAGGGAAACGCGCCUCUGACGACGAAAAAAGACAAGCUUUCAGCGCCUGGGCUGGCAAAAGAGCUUUUGAUGAGGAAAAGCGUCAAGCCUUUAGCCCAUGGGCUGGGAAAAGGGCGGACGAGGAAUCAAAAAGACAAGCCUUCAGUCCCUGGGCUGGAAAGAGGGACUUCAGCGCCUGGGCAGGGAAGCGGGCUUCGGAGGAUGAGAAGAGACAGGCCUUCAGCCCCUGGGCGGGGAAGAGGGCCUCUGACGACGAGAAGAGACAGGCCUUCAGCCCCUGGGCGGGGAAGAGGGCCCCUGACGACGAGAAGAGACAGGCCUUCAGCCCCUGGGCGGGGAAGAGGGCUUCUGAUGACGAGAAGAGACAAGCCUUCAGCCCCUGGGCGGGGAAGAGGGCUUCUGAUGACGAGAAGAGACAAGCCUUCAGCCCCUGGGCGGGAAAGAGGGCCUUCGAUGAAGAGAAACGGCAGGCCUUCAGCCCUUGGGCAGGAAAACGCUCCCCCGACGAUGAAAAGCGACAGGCCUUCAGUCCCUGGGCCGGAAAGAGGGACUUCAGCGCCUGGGCAGGGAAGAGAUCUAGCGUCGAGGCAGACGAGAAACAACCCUUUAGUGCCUGGGCAGAAAAGCAGUCCGAUGAAGGACAGGACCAUGAAUUUCCUUUCUUGAAAAUGCCUCCGCAAGCAUGGACGAGAGAGGAAGCUGUUUCGCAUAGCCUCUAGUGAGCACUUGGAACCACCUUUGUUCCACAAGUUAAUUCCUGAGGCCUAUCAAAUAUAUAUACACAUA